AUGAACCACAGCACUGUGACUGAGUUCAUAAUUGUAGGCCUCACCAGAAAUCCCAAGAUCCAGGGACUUUUCUUUGUUGUCUUUCUCUGCAUCUACCUUGCGGCUUUUCUUGGCAAUAUGCUAAUUGUCAUCACCAUAAUUCAUAAUACAACUUUACAUACCCCCAUGUAUGUUCUCCUUCUGGCACUGGCUGUUGUGGACAUCAUCUGUACAACAAGCAUUAUACCCAAGAUGCUGUGGACCAUGUUCAUAUCAGAGAAGACUAUCUCAUUUAAAGGCUGCUUGUCCCAGUUCUUCUUCUUCGCAUGGUCUCUUGGGGCUGAGAUGGUUCUUUUUACCACUAUGGCCUAUGACCGCUAUGUGGCCAUCUGCUUCCCUCUUCAGUAUAGUAAUAUUAUGAAUCAUCGUAUGUGUGUGACCUUGCUCAGCAUUGUAAUGUCUGUUGCAUUAACUAAUUCAUCAGUCCAUACUGCUUUUCUUCUGAAACUCAACUUCUGUGGUCCCAAUAUCAUUGAUCACUUCUUCUGUGAACUUUCUCCACUGCUUGCUUUGUCCUGUAGCCCUGUGAGAGUCAACGAGGUGUUGGCAUAUGCUGCUGACAUUAUCUUGGCCAUGGGUGACUUGACUUUCACCUGCAUCUCCUAUGGUUUUAUCGUUGCUGCUAUUCUACGAAUCCGUACCACAGAAGGCAAGAAGAAAGCCUUUUCUACAUGUUCAUCCCACCUCAUAUUGGUUUUCCUUUACUAUUCCCCUAUAAUUUAUACCUAUAUCCGACCUACUUCUAGCUACACAUCUGAGAAGGACAAAGUGGUAGCUGUUCUCUAUACUGUUGUUACCCCCACAUUAAAUCCAAUUGUGUAUAGUUUAAGAAACAAGGAGAUUCAGACAGGAAUUAAGAAAGUGUUUGCUUCACUGAAAUAUUAG